ACGAAAAUGGCCGCCCGUAUAAUUACUUUAAAGUAAAACGACGACGGUGCCCCUGUAUCCAAUGAGUCAAAGUUCAAUCUCCAGGUCAUACGACGAAAAAUUGUCAGUAGAUUGCUGCGUCGGAGAAGAGGAGGAGCUCAAUGUCAGGUGCCAGAGGUAUGAACUGGGUUCAGCGCAAGAUCUAUCUUUACAAUGUCACUUUUGGGCUCUACAUGUUGGAUUGGUGGGAGCGUUAUCUUUUCAAUACUUUGGUGGUCGUGUUGAUGUGGUUCGUUCUUUACAACGGAUCUCGAUAUGUAACUGAGUUCUGCAAGAGGGAUACCUAAUAUUUUCCACCAUUAGUUGGGGGUGUGAGGAAAGUACUUUGAGCUAUACUUUCGGAGAUAUUGGAAAGAGACGGAAUUUGGACUUAAAACCUCUACACGCAUUCAGGGGCAGAACCAUGUUGGACCUCUGCCCACCCCCGGCCCCCCACACGCACACACAUCUAAAAUUCUAGUUCCGCCCUUACAUGAUGCAUUCAUUUUGCUCAUGGAGAUCUCAUGAUAGCUACUUUCGAAUGGUUCACCAUUUCAAAGUUUUUGGUCAAACGGAUUCCUUUCUCUUUGCUGCUUGUUAUGGUACAUGAGCAUGUAAUAUAUUUCCCAACCGUCGUUUUGUUACUUAAUAGAAAGAGCUGCUUGAAAUGA